CAGGAUCUGGAAGAAGACACAAACUGUCACCCUGCCCACAUGGACAAAUCAAACGUCCUCUGGAAAAAUGUUUGAUGGUCAGACGAAACCAAGGUUGAACUAUUUGGUCACAAUCACAAAGAGCACGUGAAUGCAUCGCCCCGGGAAUCUGCUGCUGCGCUGCUGUGCGUGCCAUUACGGUAAUGGUGCUGAUGAGGGCGAGGAAGAGACGUGAGUGUGAUGCUGCUGCUGUGUUCUGCUGCCAUUUCAUCAGCGGAUCAUCGCGGAAAUAUCAACAGCCCCGCUGUAAUGAGCCAGCAGAUCGGAUCACCUGUCGGGCCACACACCGCUCACCCCGUUUUCACCCUUUAAACCGGCUCACAAAGCGAUGCUGCACAGGAGGCCCUGCUAAUGCUCUGCAUGUUACCGCCUGGGGUUUUCUGUAAGCAACAACAGAGCCAGUGCUAGACUAGGGGUCAUUUUUUUCUUCUUCUUUUGGAAACAUAAUCAUCAAUAUGGGGUUUCUUUUUUUCAAGUACUGAGCUCUGAACUUGAGAACUUAUUUUAAUGAGACAUGGAGACUAUAUGGCUUUACCAGUUUCGUCUGAUAGUCAUCGGAGACUCCACGGUCGGCAAGUCAUGCCUGAUCCGGAGGUUCACUGAGGGCCGCUUCGCACAGGUGUCAGACCCGACCGUUGGGGUGGACUUCUUCUCCCGUCUUGUGGAGAUCGAGCCGGGGAAAAGGAUCAAACUUCAGAUCUGGGACACGGCAGGACAGGAGAGGUUCAGGUCAAUCACCAGAGCCUACUACCGCAACUCAGUGGGUGGCCUCUUGCUCUUUGACAUCACAAACCGCCGCUCCUUUCAAAAUGUUCACAACUGGCUGGAGGAAGCGCAGAGCCACGUCCAGCCGCACAGCAUCAUCUUCCUGCUGGUCGGCCACAAGUGUGACCUGGAAGCUCAGCGUCAGGUGACCCAGCAGGAGGCGGAGAAGCUGGCGGGGGCCUAUGGGAUGCGCUAUGUGGAGACCUCUGCACGGGACGCCAUCAACGUGGAGAAGGCGUUUGUGGAUCUGACGAAGGACAUCUUUGAGCUGGUGCGGAACGGGGACAUCAAGAUCCAGGACGGCUGGGAGGGCGUCAAGAGCGGAUUUGUUCCCAACACCGUCCACUCCUCUGAGGAGGUCACCAAGAGCAGCCGGCAGUGCUACUGCUGAUUUAGCUGCAGCACGUUAGGGUGAGAGGUGGUAAUACUGAAGUGGACUCCAUAUGUACAAGAUCUCUUUUGCCAUGGCUGCUCUCAGGCCAGUUUCAGGGGACUUUAAUGUUUCCCCUGCUCAGUUACAUACUUAUUCAUAUAGACGUUAUUUUAACAUUCAAUUGCCUGUUUAAGGCUCAAACUUAGGGCACUUUGUUGAUGUUCCCAACAGGUGUAGAAGCACAAGAAGCAUCCUGCCACUUCAUCUUUCUGUGUGCAUGCGUGUAACUGUAGUCAUCCUGCUGUCUUUGCAGCUGCUACCGACACUUAAGCUUUACUCCACCUUUGGCCUUUCCUGACGUGUACAGUUAUACUCCAGUGGCCAGUUCCGUUUCUCUAGCCGCACAUCUCUAAAAGACUAUCAGUGUAGUGUAUUUAUACUCUUGUGUAACUUUAAUUUGAUGAAUCAGCGAUGCCACGACUGAGCCACGCCUCUUCCUUUUUUCUGGAAAUGCCUCUGAAUAUACCGCAGCCCGUUGUGGACUAUAUUUGGCUGGAGAGAGGAGGCAGAAAGAGGCAGCAGCCUCGCCAACUGAUUGUACGUCUGCACUACAAAUCUGAGUGGCUUAAUGCAUAAAGAAGGUGGAGGUCGGUGAACUCCAAGGGAACCAAAGUUUUAAAUGUCUCGUUUGUUCACCUGACCGCAGAGGAACGAGUUUGCACUGUGAAAAUGAUUAAUGGUACAUUUGUUCUUUGCUGGAAGAAAAACGUUACUGUAGCUGCUUAUUUUAGCCUUGACGACUUGAUCGAUAUGGCAGGUUCUCAGUUCAUGUUUACUGCUCCGUGUUGGGUUACUGGUGAGAACAGGUGAGAAACUGUCCAAAAGCCUUUUGUAUAGAUCCCCAUAGUGUUCAAUUUGAAAUAAAUAUAAAGUCACAGUAAAAAGAAA